UUCAUGCAUACAGAAUGUUCAUAAAACUCUCUGUGUGAUCAGAGACUUCAGUAAAUUAGGAGCGUUCUUCAUGUGUAUACUAAAAUUAAUUAAUGGCAUCUCUUGAAUGGCGUUCCCUCAUCUUGAAGGCUGAAUAAAACAAACUUCCUUUUCUUGAAUGCUGGUAGUUUGAACAAGGAUUUCAACAUGCCCUAACGCCAGCAAUCAGAGAGACACCGAGUAAAGAUCAAAAGCACUUCAUUAUAAAGCAAUGGUCUUUACACUGGAGUGUUGGUAUCACGAGGUCUAAUGGUGAGGCCCCGGAAUUACAGGGCAGGUAGAGCCGAUUUCCUCACUACAACUCUAGCAGGUGCUUGAUCUGCUCGUCUCUCAAAUUUGAAAAAAUGGAAUGUUUUUUGGCAUAGCUUUUGUGAAAUCGGAACCAGAAUCCGUCUUGAGCCUUAAAGCUACAGAACAAAGCAGGCCUUUGGAAUUACUUUGAUUGAUUAAUUAUUGGAAUUGAUAGGAACAGAUACAGGUAAUUAGUUGUUAAUUGUCGAGAGACAUUUGUGUAAACAUUACGUGAACAGUGCAACAGAGGUUGAGCGGAAAAGAGACUUUAUACGUAAGACUUUGUGUCAAUGGAAUUUAGCAGACUUGUCAGUAGCAGAAGUAGCCAAUAGCAGAAGCCUAAGUGAUAAUUGUCACAGACAGUUUAUUAUCAUGUGUUCUCCUUUUGUUGCGAUAUGAUGUAAACUUUAUACCAGAUCGAUUGUCUUUUCUGAUGAAUGUAUACCUAUGUUUCAAAGAUUUCUCGUCUUACCUGUGAAUUGUUUCCGGAAACAAGGAACAUCUUCACCACUGAGACGGUGUGACGGAGGCACGAUAGCAAGUUUUCGGAGCACGAUAAGCCUUAUCAAAUGUUUGUAAACCCGUGCCCGCUCCUCGGAAUUAACUUCAUCAAGACCAAACACUUGCACAACAGAUCAUCCUUUAAUCAUUUGUGAAAUUCAUUAUCUACUGAGUGUUUUUAUGGACUUACCGGAAGUUACUCAAGGAAUUAACACAUUGACUCUGGUUUGCGAUAAGAAUUAAAAUCAUGAAUGGAUUCUGAGAACGAAAUGGGUACUCUCCGUGAUCUCCAGUUAUCACUCAGCGAGAAAAUCCAGGAGCUGCGGCAACGGGACGAGCUCAUAGACGAGUUAGAAUCCGAGCUUGACGAUAAAGAUGACUUAAUUAAGAAGCUACAGAAUGAGCUGGAUAAGUACAGGUCUAUCCUAAAACCGGCCUCCACAGUAGUCCAACCCGCCAAAAAGAGGCUAGCCCAGUCACGGGACCGAAUCAAACGGACCGCGAUCUCGGCUGAAUCCCCUAACAAUACUGUAUUAGCGGCACGUAAAACGGUCAAGGUGCCCAAAUCUAACGCUUCCCGAGAGUUGAUACGACAAGCUAUCCUAGACAAUGACUUUAUGAAGAAUCUCGACAUGGGACAGAUUCGGGAGAUCGUGGAUUGCAUGUACCCCGUGGAGUACACCAAAGACAGCCUCAUCAUCAAAGAAGGGGAUGUGGGAUCUCUCGUCUACGUCAUGGAAGAGGGUAAAGUGGAAGUAACCAAAGAUGGACAGAAGUUAUGUACGAUGGGGCCCGCCAAGGUGUUUGGGGAACUGGCCAUCCUCUACAACUGUACCAGAACUGCAAGUGUCAAAGCCCUGGUGAACUGUAAGCUGUGGGCGAUAGACCGGCCAUGUUUCCAGAGUAUAAUGAUGAGAACGGGGCUAAUGCGACACGAGGAGCACAUGGAGUUCCUAAGGAGUGUUCCAACGUUUAAACAACUUCCAGAGGAGUUAGUCAGCAAGAUUGCUGAUGUCCUCGAAGAGGCUCACUACAAUAAUGGUGAAUAUAUCAUUCGCCAAGGGGCUCGAGGAGACACCUUUUACAUCAUAGCAAAGGGCAAGGUGAAGGUGACCAGGCGGCACUCCAAGACCGGGGAUGAACAGCUGAUACGCUGCUUACAGAAGGGCGAGUUCUUUGGGGAACGUGCAUUACAAGGGGAGGAUGUUAGAACAGCUAACAUUGUGGCGACGGAUCCAUCGGGGGUGGAUUGUCUGGUCAUCGACAGAGAAUCGUACUCGCAGCUGAUAAGUGACCUUGAUGAACUUAAGCGCGUGUACGAAGAUGACGAAGAGAAGGCCGUGGCUGAUCAAGAGUUUAUGAAGCUGAAGUUGAGCGAUCUCAGUAUUGUCGCCACGCUUGGAGUCGGUGGCUUUGGCAGGGUUGAACUGGUUCAGGUGAACAAUGAUACGUCUCGGACAUUUGCCCUAAAAAUUCUGAAGAAGCAUCACAUAGUAGAGACGAGGCAGCAGGAACAUAUAAUGAACGAGAAGAAAAUUAUGUCGGAGUCUCGCUCUGAAUUCAUCGUCAGGUUAUAUCGAACUUUUAAAGACCGGAAGUACCUGUACAUGUUACUGGAGGUGUGCUUAGGUGGAGAAUUGUGGACCGUACUCCGAGAUAAGGGUUCUUUUGAUGACGCCACCACGAGGUUUUACACGGGCUGUGUUAUAGAAGCCUUCGCCUAUCUGCAUGCCAAGGGCAUUGUCUACAGAGAUCUCAAGCCAGAAAAUUUACUUCUAGAUUCUCAGGGAUACGUCAAACUGGUUGACUUUGGGUUUGCUAAGAAGGUGGGUCUAGGGAGGAAAACCUGGACAUUUUGUGGGACCCCAGAAUACGUGGCCCCAGAAAUCAUCCUCAAUAAAGGGCACGACAUAUCGGCGGACUUCUGGUCCCUGGGGAUCCUGAUGUUCGAACUCCUCACGGGAAGCCCACCAUUUUCAGGACAGGAUCCUAUGAAAACUUACAAUAUUAUCUUAAAAGGCAUUGAUGCAAUUGAUUUUUCGAGGAAAAUCAGCAAAAACGCCCAAAAUCUUAUAAAGAAAUUGUGCCGUGAGACACCCUCUGACAGGCUAGGGUUUGGCAGAGGGGGGAUUCGAGAGAUCCAAAAACACAAAUGGUUCGAAGGCUUUAACUGGGAUGGACUAAAGAAGAGGACGUUAAAACCUCCAAUUACGCCUCAUGUCAAGUCGGCGACAGAUACCUCAAAUUUUGACGACUACCCGGACGAGGAUGACGAUCCUCCACCAGAUGACGUCACAGGUUGGGAUAGAGACUUCUGAUAACGUCAUAAGAAAUUGUGUAGUUUGAAAAAAAUGUCUUUCUUGAAAUCCUCGACUGUCGUGGAGCUACAACAGAAUGCAGAUCACGCCAAGUUGCAUUCGGUAUGCAGCGUGAAGGGCUUUCAUAGUUACCAUGGUGAUCAGUGACACCAUUAAACUUCGUCCAAAGGUCAGCGGAUUACAAAGAAUAAAAAACAAAGAUCUGUGAUGAAGUGACAGACUGUUGUUUUACGUAUAUAGUAUUUUUAUACAUUGCUAAAUGAUGUGCCUUUUACAAAACUGCCACGUAGUUCUGUUUGUUAAUGUUAUAAUGAGAGAUAAUGAAGCGUUGUUAUAGAACGAGUAGGCUUAGAGAUUGCUGAUUUCUCAUCUCAUGUAUUUAUGUUUUUACAUUGUCAUCAUAACAUUCAAACAAAAUUAAAAAGUUAUUACAUUU